GCCAUCCAAUCGGAAACCACAUAGUCCAUUGCCAACCAGUCAGGGUGGAGUGCGAAGGCGACAGGCUUCAGUGUUAAGUCGCACUGUUAAGUCACUGACACGUUGCGUACCAGUCCAGGAUGAGGUCUGAGUGAAAAUCAAAACCCCAGCACUGAAACUCAGCUCAUCACCACCACCACCCGAAGAUCUCUGGAGCCCUCUAACAGCGUGACGAUGAGUCCUACCUCGGCCAGCUGUGCCCCAGCCUGCAUGACUGGGCUGUGUCUGCUGCUCCUUGUCUGCUUGCUACUUCCUGUCAGCUGUGACGAGGAUUACUACAAGCUCCUGGGGGUCCAGAGAGAGGCCAGCAGCAGGGAGAUCAGACAGGCCUUCAAGAAGCUGGCCCUCACAACACACCCGGACAAGAACCCUAAUGACCAGACGGCCCACGACAAGUUCCUGAAGAUCAACCGGGCGUACGAGGUGCUGAAGGACGAGGACCUGAGGAAGAAGUAUGACAAGUACGGCGAGAAAGGACUGGAUGAGCAGCAGGGCGGGCGCUACGAGAGCUGGAACUACUACAGAUACGACUUCGGGAUUUAUGACGACGACCUGGAGAUCAUCACCCUGGACAGAGGAGACUUUGACGCGGCGGUUAACUCCGGGGAGCUGUGGUUUGUCAACUUCUACUUCCCUCGCUGCUCCCACUGCCACGAGCUGGCCCCCACGUGGAGGGACUUUGCGAAGGAGAUGGACGGCGUGAUAAGGAUCGGCGCGGUGAACUGUGGCGACAAUGGCCGGCUGUGCCGCAGCAAAGGCGUCAGCAGCUACCCCAGCCUCUACGUCUUUAAAGCCGGCAUGAACCCCGAAAAGUACCACGGGGACAGAUCCAAGGAGAGCCUUACCAAGUUUGCCAUGCAGUUUGUGAAGAGCAGGGUCACGGAGCUCUGGCAAGGGAACAUCUUCAAGGAGAUUGAGCAAUCGUUUUUGUCGGGCAUAGGCUGGCUUAUCACCUUCUGUGCUGAGACUGGAGAUUGCGUGGGAUCACAGACCAGACAGAAGUUGGCGGGGAUGCUGGAGGGCCUGGUGAACGUGGGCUGGAUGGACUGCACCACCCAGGCGGAGCUGUGUGACAGCUUUGAGGUGACGGGCAGCUCCACCGCAUUCUUCCCCCCUGGCAGCACCCUGAAGGACAGGGCCAGCGUCCUGUUCGUUCAGAGUCUGGAUGCCAGGGACAUCUACAGUGAGGUGAUUCAGCACCUGCCCGACUUGGAAACUCUGACCAAAGACAGCUUCAAGGUGAAGCUGGAGCGACAUCGCUGGCUGGUGAGCUUCUCCUUCGGCCAGAGGGGCCUGGCGUCCCACGAGUACAAGAAGCUCAAGACCCUGCUGAGAGACGACCACAUACAGGUGGGCAGGGUGGACUGCUUGUCGGAGGCCGAGCUGUGCGGCUCUCUCUACAUCCAGAAGCCCUGCAUCGCCGUCUUCAAAGGCCUGGGCGUCCACGACUUUGAGAUCCACCACGGGAGGGACGUCCUGUAUAACAUCGUGGCGUUUGCCAAGGAGAGCGUGAGGGCCCAUGUGACCACCCUCAGGCCCGACACCUUCCCCCUCGACGUCAAGGAGCCCUGGUUGGUCGACUUCUUCGCUCCGUGGUGCCCUCCAUGCCGAGCACUCCUCCCUGAGCUGAGGAAGGCCUCGGUGCAGCUGGUUGGUCAGCUGAAGUUUGGAACUUUGGACUGUACCAUUCACGAGGAGCUGUGUAGCAGGUACAACGUCCAGUCCUACCCCACCACGGUGAUCUUCAACAGGACCAGCAUCCACGAGUACGAGGGGCAGCACUCUGCUGAUGGCAUCCUGGAGUUCAUACAGGACCUGGUGAACCCCAGCGUGGAGGUGCUGGACCAGGAGAGCUUCUCCAGGCUGGUGAGGAGGAGGCCGGAGGGGGAGGCCUGGAUGCUGGACUUCUACGCCCCCUGGUGUGGGCCCUGCCAGGCCCUGCUGCCCGAGUGGAGGAGGAUGGCACGGAUGCUCAGCGGCGUGAUCCGUGUCGGCUCGGUGGACUGUCAGAAGCACCAGUCUUUCUGUCAGAACCAGGGGGUGCGAGCCUACCCAGAGAUCCGCCUGUACCCCCAGCACGCGCAGAGACCAGACCACUUCCAGGGCUACAGUGGCUGGCACAGGGACUCCCACUCUCUCAAGGUGUGGGCUCUGGGGUCUCUCCCCAGGGCGUCGGUGGACCUGAGUCCGGAGGGCUUUAGGACCCAUGUGCUGGGGGGGCAGGACCACUGGGUGGUGGACUUCUACGCUCCCUGGUGCGGGCCUUGCCAGCACUUUGCUCCCGAGUUUGAGGUCCUGGCCCGGAUGGUGAAGGGCACUGUAAGAGCAGGGAAGGUGGACUGCCAAGCGCACUACCAGACGUGCCAGAGCGCCGGCAUCACCGCCUACCCCAGCGUCCGCUUCUACCCCCACCUGGGCACCAGGAGGCACGACCAGGGAGGGGAGCACAUCAACAGUCGAGACGCCGGCGUCAUCGCCGACAUCCUCCACCAGCGGCUGCAGCGGCUGGCGCCGCGGUUACACGACCAGAGCAGCCACAAGGAUGAAUUGUGAAAGGCGGAGACCCGAUUGGACGACUCACCCGCCGAACCACACCCGACAAGCAGAUGCAUUCUUCUUGAUAAUAUAGGACUCCGAAAAGGGAGGAGGCCAGAAUUAGAAGACAUCCGUCCAGAGACCUGUACUACAAAGCAGGGUUUAGCGUUAGCAAACUUCAGGCUAACCCCUAACACCUGGGUUUUCAGUGUCACAACGGUGGUUCACUUUUCACCGGGGUAUCAUCGCCACGCUAGCUUCAAUGGCACACUUAGCCCGCUUGGGGUUCUGGGUUUGAGAUGGGCAGAUCGACACGUAGAAAAGCGCCACCUACCGACCAAUCGGUCAUCGUUCCCAGAGGGUCUCGGCGAAUGGUGAGAGGGUGUCUCAGGAAGGCGAGCCCAAAGCCAUCGAUCCGACCCUUGAGACCUCCCUGGUGAGGGUCAACAUGACGGGUGAGCAGGAGAUUGGCGGCUGAGGGGAAGGCUUUAUCCUGAGCAGCUUCUGAAGCCGUACGUAGCCCCGUCUUCGUCGCUUCCUUUUCUUUCCCCUCUUAGCUGCGAGCUAUUCACGAAAUCCGUAAGCCUUUUACAUCCCGAUAGCACCUUAAAAACUGACUGAUCAAAGCCCUAAAACCUUGUGCUUGUUGACCUUUUCAGAUUUGCAAGGAAGCCUGGCAUACUUACCCAUUUGAAUUGAAUUCAAAAUGCUAUCGUUUUGAAUGUUUGUAUAUGUGUCCUUAGCUUCCAAGACGAUUUAACGCUGCAGGGGUAGCAGCUGAAAGAAUUAAGGGAAAAUGAUCUUGACACGCCGUAAUAAUAGAUCCUAGCAGCACAUUCAUUUAAUGGAAUACACAAUUGUAAUUACAGUCAGAUCUAUUAUAGUCGUGCCUUGGUGAUGGGGAAAUGAUCUUGAUAAGCCGAUUAAAUAAUGCAUUUACCCAAUCUGCAAUUUCUUCCUGCAGCCACUGUGCUGUUGUUAGCUGUGAUUAUAGUAAAAAAAAAAAAAAAUGUUUGUAUAAUAUUCUAGUUUUCUCGUCUUGUGUAAAAUAUGCAGCUCUGGUAGACCUGCCCAUGUUAGCGAUGGGUCCUAUGGUGGAAAAACCUUUGACGUGAACACACUCAUAGCUGGAUCGGGAAACCUUGCAUCGAGAGUGAGACGAGUUGAUAACCACCGUUGUGACACUGCUACGAGGGAUUGCUGUCGAUCGGUUUAGGGAAGCAAGCUAGCUCAAUGGAAUCCCGGGGUGUGUCGAACCGGCUUCGUAGUACAGGCCUCUGGACUGGGACUGGAUUGGGCUGGCCUGUUAACAUGGCCAGUCCUGUUACUGAACUGUACUUUUUAAGUGGGUCUAAAGACGUCUCUCUUCGUCAGACCGACUGGGAUUAGGACCGAAGAGAUUAAGACCCUCGACGGGUCCCAGUUGAACCACUCACCCGCUCUCUGAUUUGAAUGUACUGUCAUGUGACUGUGUUAGUGUUGGUGCUGUCGUCUGUGGCUUACGCGACUCUGCCAAACCUCUGGAGGAGCCCCCAGUGUCUUAUUCAUUCUAUGACUGACUGCACUGUGUUGGCUUUGCUGACAGGAAGUGUGUGUGUGUGCUAGCCAUUUUGAGUUUGUCGCUAUAGUGAAAACAAAUGUAUAUUCGUAUUUGGGCGCACACAUUUAAGUGAUCCACACAAGUAGGUUUAUUUUCCAAAUAGAGCCUGAAUGUGAUGAUGGUGAGGAAGAGUUGUGCCGAUGGGCGGGCCGUCGGUCCAGAGUCCCAGUGCUCGGCACAGAUACUCCAAAGAGUUCAUCUCCUCUGGGUUCUGUUGGCACGGCAUCUUCUACACGUCAUCUUUUUACGAGUCCUCGUAACGCUGUAGUUCCUGUGUGCUCCAGCAGAGGGCAGCAGAGCUGUGUGCCGUUCCCGCGUGUGGUUCCUGCUCUGGCCUCCAGCGGGCUGUCAGCAGCAGGAUGUUCCACAGCAGGGAACAACACUUCCUGUCAGAGCAUUUCUCAACGCACGGGACGGGUCAAUAUUUAUUUCGAUAAUGUAUUCCUUCUUUUAAGUCUGGAAUCAAUUUAUACUUUGGAAUAAACGGUUCUUAUCAAC